AUGGCUGUUGCCAUUGAUCAGUCUGCAGUCAGCCGGUGCAUAUCAGCUGUCAGCAAGGCCAUAGCUGCAAAGCUACUACAAAGAUACUGCGCCUUUCCCCGGACAGAAGAGGAGCUGGCACACAUCAAGAAGAGGUUUGCCGCAAUGAGUGGAAUUCCAGGCUGUAUCGGGGCCAUUGACUGCACACAUAUUGCAAUCAUUGCACCGUCUGCACCAACAUAUAGGGAAGCGGUGUAUGUCAACCGUAAGGGAUACCGCUCCCUGAAUGUGCAGAUGGUGUGUGAUGCAGACCUUUUCAUAACCAGUGUCAAUGCUAGGUACCCUGGUUCCUCGCAUGACUCUUUCAUCUGGCGCAAAUCUGCACUUCACGAUCUACUCCAUGGGGGACACGUGUCCCUUGGUGAAGGUGGAUGGCUUCUUGGGGACAGUGGUUAUCCUCUGGAACCUUGGAUUUUGACCCCAAUCCUGGGUGAUGAACCAGAACUGGAAGCAGAAUGGGUCGACCUGUACAACAGAGUGCAGGCAACAGCAAGAGGCACAAUUGAAAGAUGUUUUGGUGUCUUAAAAUCAAGAUUUCGGUGCCUUCUCCGCCUCCGAGCUCUGCAUUACAACCCAACGGCAGCAGCGAACAUUAUAUAUGCGUGUGCUGUGCUACACAAUAUCUGCAAACUGUACGGCCUCCCAGAUCCUGACGUAUUAUCAUUAACAACAGAGGAAGACUCCUCAGAACUGUACAGGGCACCUAGCAGGCAUCCCCAAGUGGCCAGAACGGAUCUUAGAGCAAAUGGUGCAAUGAUAAGGCAAUCAAUUCUUCUACGUUUGGUUGAACAGCGUCUCCAAUAA